AUAUAUAUUGUUAAUGCUGAUAUUUAAGAGCAUUUUAUGAUCCUUAACUGCCUCUCUUAAACCAGUACCAAAAGUGCCUCCAUUGCUAUGUUGGCCACCUCACCAUCCCUGCCAUCUUCCAGUCUUCUUCGUCCUCACCCAUCCGAUGGCCACCAUAAACCCGAGCAGCAAAAGGUUGGCCUUGACAAGGAGUAGACCAGAAAUGCCACGAGCAUUGGCACAUGGAGGCCUUGAAAUCCUCUACCACAGUUGACCUCGUUCGUAUUCUCUAGUGUUCUUAGGCAGCUGCAACAGCAGCACCACCAACCAAACCGCUUCAUCACCCCCACAUGGACACCAGUUGUGCGCAUUACCGCUCCCAAUUCCAUGCCAGUAAUCAUAAAAGAAAGGAGGAGAGAGGGAAGGGGAGCGAGAGAGAGAGUUCGAAGUCACAAGAAAUCACCAAACAAGGACACCCCAAUGAGUGAUGCACAGAUGGUUGAUGCAUGGGUUGGUCCCCUCCAGCUCAACAUGGUGCGGUUUGGAAUGGUGUGAAGAGGUCUGCAAGCAGGGCAAAAGACAGAACAGAAGCUGCACUUUUGUUGUGGUGUGAAACGUCUUCCUUCAUCUCCUGCCAUCUCUGUUUGUUUGGUUGGGAAAUGAAGGGUUGCAGGGAUUUUGGUACUGAGGUUGAGGUCUAUCUCUGAAGCUGACUGCAGUUUUCUGUGAACAUGUUCCUGUGAGGCAACAGAUUGAUGGAGAAUAGCUUAUGGCCUAAACUUUUGAGCCUCCUUGUCGAUUACUGAAGAUCGCGGCGUGUUCAGAGUGUGAUCUCUGGUUAUUGCCAGGUUCUGUUUGAGGUUUUUUUGCUCUGGCCAUUUCAUUUCAGAGUUACUUCAGAAUGGCCUGCAAGAAGCUGGGAUCAAAAGCUGAUGCCUUUCAACGACAAGGGCAAGCCUGGUUCUGCACUACUGGGCUUCCAAGUGAUAUUAUUGUUGAAGUUAGCGAGAUGUCCUUCCAUCUGCAUAAGUUUCCUCUUCUGUCAAAGAGUGCUCUCUUGGAAAAGCUUAUUGAGGAGAGCUCUGAUGAAGAAGAUGGUUGUGUAGUGAAGUUAUGUGAUAUGCCUGGUGGGGAUAAAGCAUUUGAACUAGUAGCUAAGUUCUGUUACGGUGUUAAGUUCGAACUCACUGCCUCAAAUGUUGUUUUCCUGCGCUGUGCUGCUGAAUAUCUUCAAAUGACAGAGGAAAUAGCAGAGGGCAAUUUGAUUGCCCAAACAGAGAUAUUUCUUAGCCAAGUUGUUCUUCGUGGCUGGAAAGAUUCAAUAAAAGUGCUCCAAACCUGUGAUAAUCUUCUCCCUCAUGCUGAAAAUCUUCAGAUCAUUAAGAGAUGCAUCGAUUCUUUAGCAGUUAAAGCUUGUACAGAUCCCAAUCUCUUUGGUUGGCCUAUGAUGGAGCAUGGUGCAAUGCAAAGCCCAGGCGGGAGUGUUUUGUGGAACGGAAUAAGUACGGGAGCCAGACCUAGAAACUGCAGUUCUGAUUGGUGGUAUGAAGAUGCAUCUUCGUUGAGUCUUCCCUUGUAUAAGAGGUUGAUCUCAGUCAUGGAAUCUCGAGGUAUCAGACAAGAGGUCGUAGCAGGCUCCGUGACAUCUUAUGCCAAAAAGUAUCUGCCUGGAAUUAGUAGGCGUCACAGUCUGGCUCCUGUAGCUCUGACUGCUGCACCAUCUGAAGAAGAACAGAGACAUCUUCUCGAAGAGAUUGUGGGCUUGUUGCCUUUACAAAAGGGUGUUACAUCAACUAAAAUUUUAUUUGGACUUCUUCGUACUGGCAUGAUUCUGCGAGCUAAUCCAACUUGCAUUUCCAACUUGGAGAAAAGGAUAGGACUGCAGCUAGACCAGGCAAAUUUGGAAGAUCUACUUCUGCCGAACUUCUCAUAUUCUAUGGAGACACUCUACAACAUCGACUGUGUUCAACGAAUUCUAGAGCACUUCUUAGCCAUGGAUCAAGCUGCUGAUGGGGCAUCUCCUAAUUUGGUUGAUGAUGAGCAGUUAAUUGGUUCGCCUUCUCUUGCACCCAUUACUACUGUUGCCAAGCUAAUUGAUGGGUAUCUAGCAGAAGUUGCACCAGAUAUCAACUUGAAGCUUCCAAAGUUUCAAAAUCUGGCUGGUGCAGUACCUGAUUAUGCACGACCACUGGAUGAUGGACUGUAUCGUGCUAUUGACAUCUAUUUAAAGGCACACCCAUGGCUCAAUGAAGCCGAAAGGGAACAGCUCUGCAGGCUGAUGGACUGCCAGAAACUCUCCCUAGAAGCCUGCACUCAUGCUGCACAAAACGAAAGGCUCCCGUUACGAGUAGUGGUUCAAGUUCUUUUCUUCGAGCAACUUCAACUGAGGACCUCGAUUGCUGGUUGCUUGCUUGUUUCCGAUAACCUUGAUGUCUCACGGCCUCUGAGGAGCGGUCUGGUGGGUUCAGGAGAUGGUGGUGGGUGGGCAAGCACUGUGAGGGAAAACCAAGUCUUGAAGGAGGGAAUGGAUAGCAUGAGGAUGAGGGUGUAUGAGCUCGAAAAGGAGUGCACAAGCAUGAGACAGGAGAUCGAGAAGUUGGGACGUGGGAAGAGCAAGUGGAGUACUGUUUCAAAGAAGUUUGGAUUUAAGCUCAAGUCCCAGAUGUGCAGUGCCCAAGAGGAGUCUGUAAGCGAUCAUCAGCAAACCGGAAGCAGCACCAUUGAAAAGUUGCCAGCUAAGCUCACUAAACACUAGCAGCAGCUAUCCACAGAUGCAUGACCAUUUCCCGUGAGGGAUCGAGGUUUGUAACUCUAAUUUUCUGGGGUUUUUUCUUACAUCAGGAAGUUGUGAAUUCAAUGUCUCUUGGACAAAUGUUAUUUUGAGGUUUGUCCUUCACUUUCUCUUGUGUAUGAAAUAGUACUAAUCUUGUGUUAACUAUAUGUUUCUUACUGGUGACUGCAAUGCUAAAACCGCAAACUAAAAAAAUACAUAUAUAUGUUGGAAUUA